AUGGCGACCGAAGUUGCUUGUCGAAGGAGCCAGAUAAGAGGGACAGCCUCGCUAGCUACGUCCCAGGAAGCCUCUACUAGCGAACAAUCAGAGUCGAAACAGCCACUUCUGCGCCGAGACAAUCUCUUCCAUUCAUACAGCAAUUCCCCUUCGCCCCAGAUAAGAAAACGAGCGCAAUUUAUCAAGCAACAUGCCUUCUGUCCGCAUCCAGAUCAUCAGCAAACCCGCGCCUCAGUAUCUCCGGUGGGCUCCGAAGCUGAAAAGCCAGGCAUCCCUAACGAUCAGAAACAACCUCCUGCUCAUGCUCAACAUGAAUGCCCGGACUGUGGUGUCCCAAUAUAUUGCUCCGAAGAACAUUGGAUGGAUGACUUUGAGGCGCAUUUACAGGUCUGCGAGACUAUUCGACAGAUAAAUGAAGAUGACCAUGACUUGCAAUCUGGACGUUUCUUCACGGAAUUUGACUAUCCUGGCUACCAGGCGGAUGAGAUUGUGGUAAACAUGACAAAUUGGGAUACUUUCCUGUACACCAGGGAGUUCGAGGCUGUCAACGACGAUAGGAGCAUGCGCCAGGUUACUAGGCUGCUUACCUACCCGGUCACAAUUGCAAGUGUACUACAUGAACUUAGCCCUUACAACAUUUCAAAGGGUGGAAGAUUAACCCCAGAAGGAUUGAAGAGUUUAAGUGAGUCUUCAUUACCGCGGGAAGUCUGGAUGCAAAUUUCACACCUCUUCCCUCGUGCCACUAUCAAUCUGAUCUUCAUUGGACCCGAGAGCAUGGCAAACCGCGAUGAUGAGUUCCCGCUCCCAGAGCGAACUGCAAGCAAUCCUUUCGGCGGAAUUGUUGAAGACCGCCUCGGCCCCCAGAUGAAAAUUACUACCUAUGUCGAUUACUUCCAUACCAUGCACAAGGCGAACAUGUUUGCACCCUAUGACCCAUAUUUUGACUGUUUCAUGCUCUUCCAUCCUGGUUUGGGACAUCCGGCCAGUUCCCACGAGUGGGAGGAGACUCUUCCAUGCCUAUUGGAGACCAAAGUUCCUAUUAUAUGCACUGGCUACACCCAGAGUGACAUGGAGAGAGAUCUGAACUGGGUAAAAGAAAAAUGCGGCGGAGAAGCAGACAUUCUUCUUGAGCAAGGGGAGAACAGAUUUCGAAGCUUGAGAUGGGACCUGAAUGACCUAGAUCCUCAUGAUGUGUCCUGUGGCAACUGGGGAGUAUGGGCUUUCAGAGGAAAGAGAUAUGAGGCCACUUUCAAAGAUUCUUGA